AUGGAGAGCAUCAAAGUUCACCUCGGCCACAAGCAGAUAUGGGUGGACGCAAGGACGUUCCGCGCAUGGUUUCCCCGGAUAAGAGCAGAGUUCUGGAUACAAGGCGACGUCUUGGUACAAAGGCUGGACGAUCAUUUCAGUGGACGAUUCGGCAUCAAGAAGUAUUGGAUUGAGAAGACGCUGGAACACCUUUUUGGCAUCCUCGGGCCUCAGGCUCAGCACGGCGACGGCGGCACUCGACAACGUCUUUGUGAUCGCCUGACGGACCAGCUUGAGGUGGAGUGUAUCAAUAACCCAUGGGAGUCCAGGGGCCUUCAACAGACGCGGCACACAUUCAUUGUACUCGUGUGUGUGGCACUGGACUUUGAAUCCACGCUCCUAGCCGAAGCACUGUUGCGCUUCUGGGCCACGGCUGCGAAGAGGAUACGGCAGUGCGAGAAAUUCGAGUACGUCCCAGAUUGGAAGACGGCGGCAGCAAAGCUUCAGCGAGUCGAAGAUGCAGCAUUGAAUCCCUGCCGCCCAGCACUAGUGCCCUAUGUGGAGUGGCCUCGCGGUCGACCAUUGCGGAACCUGGCGGUCCCAUGUCCAGGCCAUCGAGCGAGAUCAGCGCCUGUGGUGCGGCAUCGGCGGAAUGCAGAAAUUCGACUCGUGGCGCCGCCGUAUCGAAGCUCGGCUUGGCCACUUCCAAUGAUUUCGCCCGCUGGAUACCCGCGAGACGAGUACUUUGAUGAGCUUAACAGCAUUCAACAUCAGCAGCGGGAGAUCAACGACAAGCUAGACAAUGUCGACGGAAAGUUGAAUUAUCUCAUACAUUGUCCAUUUUGA